AGAGAGAGAGAAAGAGGGGGUUGCUGAAAGAAGGAGGGUAAGCAGCUGCUACCCAGUCCAUUUUCAAUCCAGUCACAUUCACGCGUUUUUGUGUCUGGUGACAGACUACAUCAACUGGAAAACAAAGGGACACCAUCCAAGCUGCGAGCAGCCCAACAAACUCAUCAUUUUCUUCGCAUCUGUCUGGAAGAAGUGCAUCAAGUCAGGCUGGAGGUCACCGUGACAGAAGCUUUGAUCGCUCGCGUGGACAGUACAGCCGUACUCGUCAGUCUCAGCAGCGAAAUGGAGAUGGAGCAUUUCGAUGAGAGGGACAAAGGUCAGAGGCUCGGUCGCUCCAGCGCCAAAAUGAACGGAGUGCCGAGCCCCACGCACAGCGCCCAUUGCAGCCUGUAUCGGACCCGGACCCUGAAGACUCUGAGCGCAGAGAAAAGAGCCAUGAAGGUCCGCUUCUACCGCAACGGAGACCGCUACUUUAAUGGGAUAGUGUAUGCGAUCUCCUCGGACAGGUUCCGGACCUUUGACGCACUGCUGGCCGAACUGACACGCUCUUUGUCUGACAAUGUCAACUUGCCCCAGGGGGUCCGAACCAUCUACACUCGGGAUGGAAGGAAGAUCACCAGCAUUGAUCAGCUGGUUGAAGGUGAAAGCUAUGUCUGCAGCUCAAUUGAAGCUUACAAAAAGCUGGAUUACACAAAAAAUGUAAACCCCAACUGGUCAGUGAAUGUCAAAGCCUCACCCUCUUCAUCCCGUGGGCCUCUGUCCCUGGGCUCUGCCAAAGCCGGUGCACCAGAGGGUCGAGAAGGCAAGGACUUCAUCCGGCCAAAGCUGGUGACAGUGGUUCGGAGCGGAGUUAAGCCCCGCAAAGCUGUGAGGAUCUUGCUGAAUAAGAAAACGGCUCACUCCUACGAGCAGGUUCUAACUGAUAUCACUGAUGCCAUCAAGCUCGACUCAGGAGUGGUGAAGAAGAUCUACACUUUGGAGGGCAAACUGGUGGCAUGUCUGCAGGACUUCUUUGGAGAUGAGGAUGUGUUUGUGGCCUGUGGACCAGAGAAAUUCCGCUACCACGAUGACUUAAUGUUGGAUGAGAGCGGUAAGGAAAAAGAGUGCCGCAUGAUGAAAUCAGUGACCUAUGGCAGGAUGUCAGGCUCUCUCAACAGAUGCUCCCCCAGGACUGGCAUCCAAUCACAACGCAGCAAGUCACCAGCAUCUGUGAACGGGACGCCGGCCAGUCAGCUGUCCACUCCACAUUCGGGAAAGUCUCCCAGCCCCUCCCCGACCAGCCCGGGCAGCCUCAGCCGACGCCGGGGAUCACAGGGUUCUUCCACCUCUCUGUCUUCCACUCAGGUUUCUAGCCCAGCGGAAGACAUCAAUGGCGUCAUUCCUGAAGCUGAGAUUCUCCAGGAUGAAGUUCCUGCUGUACCGCCCUACAUAUCUGACCGCUACAGGGUGGGGCGGAUGCUGGGCGACGGGAACUUUGCGGUUGUUCGGGAAUGUGUGGAGCUCUCUACAGGACGGGAGUACGCUCUUAAGAUCAUCAACAAGGGGAAAUGCAGAGGCAAGGAACACAUGAUUCAGAACGAGGUGGCCAUCCUCCGCAGGGUCAAGCACCCCAACAUCGUUUUACUCAUUGAGGAGGUGGACACAUAUAAUGAGCUUUACCUUGUUAUGGAACUGGUCAAGGGGGGAGAUCUGUUCGACGCCAUCACCUCUGCCAACAGAUACACAGAGAGAGAUGCCAGUGGGAUGCUCUACAAUCUGGCCAAUGCCAUCAAAUACCUCCACAGCCUCAACAUUGUGCACAGAGACAUCAAACCAGAAAACCUGCUGGUGUAUGAACAUGCAGAUGGCAGCAAAAGCCUGAAGCUGGGAGACUUUGGUUUGGCAACCAUGGUAGACGGACCCCUCUACACUGUCUGCGGGACCCCAACAUAUGUAGCACCUGAAAUUAUCGCAGAGACGGGGUAUGGCCUUAAGGUGGACAUCUGGGCAGCUGGAGUUAUCACCUACAUCCUAUUGUGUGGCUUCCCACCCUUUCGAGGAAGCAGUGAGGAUCAGGAAGCUCUUUUUGAUCAAAUACUGAUGGGACAGGUUGAAUUUCCUCUUCAAUACUGGGACAAUGUCUCAGAGACAGCCAUGGAUCUGAUCCGAUCCAUGCUGGAGGUGGAGGUGGACCAGAGAUACACUGCCCUGCAGGUGCUGGAGCACCCUUGGGUUACUAAUGAGGGUCUGUGUGAAAACGAGCACCAGCUUUCUGUAGCCGGGAAGAUAAAGAAGCACUUCAACAUGGGGCCGAAGGUCAACGACACAAACGCCGGGGUGUCAGUCAUUUCUGCCACCCCUCUUGAUAAGGAGGGGCAGGUUCUCAGACGAGGACGCUACCCGAAUGUGAAGCCGUCGCCUUUGCAGAUGAUCCAGACUGUGAACGCAGAAAUGACAUCCAACGCAAGCCGACCGGAGCCUCCCAGUUGCCUGCCCGGCCUGCCCGCAGACCCCCCCUCUCUGACCCCUGACACUCGCUCCGACCCCUCCUCGGAUCCAAGCCCCUUGUCAGACUCUGAUGAUGUCUCCAUCAGCUCGGUCAGCACUGUCUGCUCCCCCAGCUCACCCUUCUAGUGAUUAAAGGGAGGGGAGGAGGAGGAGGAGGAGGAGAAGCAAGGAGGGAAUCCUCACCCAGCUCCUCCUGUAUAGAGGAGAAGGAGGAGGGAUCAUUGUGGAUAACUGUGGGGAAAGGAGAAUUGAGAGAGAACUUUGAAAUCCCCUGAAUCCAUCUAUCCAACUCAAGAGGAGAGAUUGAUCGAGGGGUGAAAGAAAAAAGAUUAGUUUCUUAUAUUUCUUUUUAACAUUCUCUCAUCUGAGCACAUGUCGAGCUCAAGGAGCAGGAAAGGGAACUGUUUGCCUUUCGGUGAUGAUCCGGGCCAAACAUGGAAACUUCCUCACGCUGGAACAGCUCAAUAUGGCAAUAUGAGAACACUGACCAACGUUCAUAUUUUAUUGAACCUUAUUUAAUCAUGGUUUAUUUAUUGCAUUUUUUUAUACGCAUAUCUCUUUUUCUUGAAGGAAAAAAUAUUGUCUUUGUACUUAAGAAUGGAAAUGAAGGAAAAGUAUGUAGAGGUAUAAUUUGGAUAGAUUAAAGUAGGCUGAUAGAACCAGAAAUGGUAGAAGUAGAAAUGUUUGGACUGGUCCUAGAGCUCUGCUCCACUCAGCCUUCUCUUAAUGUUAGGUUUACAUUUUACAAAGUCGACAAUGGUGCAUGUUAUCACUUCUUUUUACUUUCUUACCUGAAAUAGUCACAACAUCUUAAACCUGAAGAUACAGCAGCAUCCAAAUGCUUGUAGCAGACAUCUGAACUACUACUUCGUCACACACUAACUGACACUUCAUAGAUCCUUAUUUCUAACAACCAACAGAGCUGUAAUUCAGGGAUAUUCAGCUGCAUCUCAAACAGUUGGAAUGCCUUAUAAAAAAAAAUAGAAAUAAUUCCAGUAACCUCAAAUAUAACAGAUUUUUAACAGGAGUGAUAAUACCAGAUCAUUAUUUUGGGUAAUUUUCAUUAUUUUGGCUUGAAGCAACUGAAACACCCAAAUUCUGUCCAAAAAAAAAAAUCAGAUUACAUAAGAUUAAUAAAAAGUCAUUCUUUUGACAGCUUACUAAAAAGUAUGACCAUGUAGCAACUGUACAGAAUAUGCACUUAAAUGCUUCGUCAUGGGCGCCUUUUGCUUUAAUUACUAGACCAAUGGAGCACAGCAUGCAGGCAACCAGCCUGAUGCUCUGCUGAGGUGUUAAGGAAGCCCAUGUUGUUUUAAUAGUGGCCUUUAUCAUGCCUUCAUCGUUGGGUAUGGUGUUUCUCAUCAGCAUUUUGACAGUAUUCCACAGUUUGUUUGUUUUUUAUGUUUUGGACAGGUUAGUUUGCUGAAAAGCUGUUAGCAUGGUCAGCAAACCAGGCAUUGAUUGUUUUGGCAGUAUUAGCUUAAAAAUGCUUAAAAAUUAAACCAUUAUAAAGCUUGUCAGCUGGCAGACAAACCUAUGGGAAUUUGGUAACUUUACCAAAUUCUUUUAAAAGACUUUCUCUCCCAAUCCUUUUGCUUGAGCACUUUUUCUACCGUUCUUUUGCCUUCUGCCUGAUUUUCCAUUGAUAUACUUGUACCGGUAAAUGGCUCUUUGUAAAGUCAGCUUCUUCGUCAACUAUCAAGCUAACACUUUAUAUUCUAUUGAAUGAAUAUUCUAUUCAUUUAUUUAUUGAUUAGUUUAUUGUCUUAUGUAAUGAUGUGGAUUUCUAAUGUAUGGGUAUUUGGGGUUUCAUUUGUUAUAAGCCAUCAAAUAUAAUCAAAAAUACCAGAAAUAAACUAAUACAACAUAUUCCUUAUUGUGUAAUACAUCAGCAUAAUAUAAAAUCUUGAAGAUAUGUAAUGAAAAUCAUUAACUUUUUGAUAUUCUAAUUUUUUGAGAUGCACCUGUUUUCCAACAUUAAAGAAAGGUACAAAUGUUGUGAUCCUAAUGCUCCUUAAAUAGGUGCUCAUAAUGAUUAAGGGGUGCCUAUUUACAUAAAGAUAUUUAAGCCUUUUUUUAUUAAAGGCGGCAGAGAGAGAAUGGCAGUAUGGAUGAAAACCAGCAGCACUCGUGUGCAAAGCAGUUAAAAGAUGGAGGAGGACUUAUUUAAGCUCUGUAAACCUCAUUCAUGGCUUCAUUUAUUUAGAUGAAAGCAUGACAGACAUACAGUAGCCUAUUCUUAUAACAAAGCUGUUUAGUGGUGAAGUAUUGUUUAUAUGUUAUGUAAAUAACAGUUUUAUUUAUUUUGAUAGUUCACAAUACAGUAUAUUUCUUUACUAGUAGUCAAUCUUUGAAAAUGAUAAAAAAAAAACUGACAAGAAACCAAAAAAAAGAGAAAUAAUAAUAAUCAUGUUUCACCAUCAGUAAGCAGGAAAAAAAAAAAAAUAUAAAUCCAGGAAUCAUCUGGACGAAAUGGAAAAAAAAAAUACAGUUAAAAAACAGAACAAUUUUUUACCUGAUGUUGUUCCAUCUAGAUAAACUUAGUGAAUCCUAUAUAAAAAAAA